AUGAGGGACUUGGGGUUUGGGGUGCUGCAGACCUCCCCGCUGCGCAAAGGCAGCCCCGGCCCCUCGCUGGGCGCUGGCACGUCCCGCCCCUCGGCCGCCCCGCCGCCCCGCGCCACGCCCUUCGGGCCGCCGUUGCCUGUCACCGGCUUCCCGGAGGCCGCCUCCCUCUUCUCCAUCGCCCUCGGCGGCGGCCGCGCGGGCGGCCCGCUCGCUUCCUCUUCCUCCCCGCACCCGGCGCCGCCGCCGCCGCUGGCGCCCACCAUGCAGGAUGAGCUGCUGCUGGGCCUGACCCCGCAGCCCGCGGCGCGGCCGCUCCCGGGGGCGGCGGCCGCGGAGAAACUCGCCAACCCCCGCGCCGGCGGUGGCGGCGGCGGCGCAAACGCGGGUGUGACCCACCUCCUCCCCUCCCCGGACUUCAAACCGAGUCUGCACCUCCCCGCCUCCUCCUCCGCCUCCUCCUGCUGCUGUGGCCGCACCUCCUCCCCGCAGGACUUCAGUCCGCAGCAGCAGCAAGGGAAGGGUGGCGGUUUGAGCCCUGCAGCGGGAGGAGGAGGCGGCUGCCGGCUCCGCCGGGAUCCCAGCCCAGGGCUCCCCGGGCGCGCUAGUGCCUCGUCUCCCAGCGUCGCGCAGCGCAACUCCGCAGCCCCACAGACUCCCGCAGCGCCGCAGCCUCGCAGCCCUGCAGCCUUUGCAGCGUGCAGCAGGCCUCUUCUAAAACAGUCUCCGUGGAGCAACCAUCAGAGCAGUGGCUGGGGUACUGGAAGCAUGUCCUGGGGAACCAUGCAUGGCAGAGAUCACCGCAGAACUGGAAACAUGGGGCUUCCAGGAACUAUGAACCAGAUCUCGCCACUGAAGAAACCGUUUUCCGGUAAUGUCAUAGCACCACCGAAAUUUUCUCGAUCUACUCCGUCGCUGACUCCGAAAUCUUGGAUUGAAGACAAUGUGUUCAGAACAGACAACAAUAGUAACACACUCUUACCCUUACAGGUGAGAUCUAGUUUGCAGUUGCCAGCUUGGGGCUCAGAUUCCCUCCAAGAUAGUUGGUGCACUGCAGCCGGAACAUCCAGAAUAGACCAGGAUCGAAGUAGAAUGUAUGACAGUUUGAAUAUGCACUCUUUGGAAAAUUCCCUUAUUGAUAUUAUGAGAGCAGAGCAUGAUCCUCUUAAGGGUCGCUUGAGCUAUCCACAUCCAGGGACCGACAAUCUGUUGAUGUUAAAUGCGAGGAGUUAUGGGCGAAGACGAGGUCGCUCUUCCCUCUUCCCGAUCGAUGAUGGCCUGCUGGAUGACGGGCACAGCGACCAAGUUGGUGUUCUCAAUUCACCUGCGUGCUACUCGGCUCAUCAGAAUGGAGAGCGAAUAGAGCGCUUCUCUCGGAAAGUGUUCGUGGGCGGUCUUCCUCCAGACAUUGAUGAAGAUGAAAUAACAGCUAGCUUCAGAAGAUUUGGGCCUUUGGUCGUAGACUGGCCUCAUAAAGCAGAAAGCAAGUCCUAUUUUCCACCAAAAGGCUAUGCAUUCCUCCUCUUUCAAGAAGAGAGCUCAGUCCAAGCUCUCAUUGAUGCUUGUAUUGAAGAAGAUGGCAAACUCUACCUGUGUGUGUCCAGCCCUACCAUCAAAGACAAGCCGGUUCAAAUUCGUCCUUGGAAUUUGAGCGACAGUGACUUUGUGAUGGAUGGUUCUCAGCCUCUCGAUCCUCGAAAAACAAUUUUUGUUGGAGGUGUGCCUAGGCCAUUAAGGGCUGUGGAGCUUGCUAUGAUCAUGGACCGGCUAUAUGGUGGAGUUUGUUAUGCAGGAAUUGAUACAGAUCCCGAGCUCAAAUACCCAAAAGGUGCUGGACGAGUCGCCUUCUCCAAUCAGCAGAGCUAUAUUGCUGCCAUUAGUGCUCGAUUUGUUCAACUUCAGCAUGGUGACAUUGAUAAACGCGUGGAGGUGAAGCCAUACGUGCUGGACGACCAGAUGUGUGAUGAAUGCCAGGGCGCACGCUGUGGGGGCAAAUUUGCGCCUUUCUUUUGUGCCAAUGUCACUUGCCUGCAGUAUUACUGUGAGUUUUGUUGGGCAAAUAUCCACUCUCGUGCAGGACGUGAGUUCCAUAAGCCAUUGGUCAAGGAAGGUGCUGAUCGCCCACGCCAGAUCCACUUCCGCUGGAACUAAGACUAGCGAGCCGGCAUCUGUUCUAGGAAAGAGAGGGUACGUGUGGCUUACUGUGUGUGAAGAUACUGACGUGCAGAAGAAAUAAGUGCAUUCUUCUGCCUCUCACCCAGCUCUCGAUCCAUGCAUCUCUAUCAGCAGCCGAAACACUACAAGCCUCUUGUUUUUCACCAAAACCCUACAUCUCAGGCUUACUAAUUUUUGCGAUAUUUUCAUGUUAAAAUAAAAUGUUUUUUUGUAUUUUCUCCAAGUUAUUUUUAUAUGUAAAGUGAAAACUAGAUAUGAGAAUGUUUUGCGUAGGGGCAACACAGUCUGCUGCUAUAUAGUGGGUGAAGCGUGCACUUAUUUCUAAACAUGGGUUUUUAACUUCAAGAUCUGCCCCAGUGAUUUACCAAAGGUAGCAAAAAUAAUAGUGAAGAUGGAAUAUGUCUGCUACAAAUGCUUAUUUUUAUUGUCGCUAUUUUCAGUGUAUACAUAAACUAAAAAGUAGGGUUGGUUUUUUGCUCUCCAUUUUGACUUGCAAGAAAUAAUACCUCAAGAUAAUCUGAUUUAUUAGCUAUUUUUAAACAUUUUUAAUCACAAGCUGUAUUAGCUUUGCUGCUAUAUAGGUGUUAUGUGUAAAUGCCACCUAUUAAUACGGGAUUGAAAACGUUAGAGACACACUGCAUUGCAGAGAAAAUGCAGGCAGCACAAUAUGGCCGAAACUGCCAUAGUUUUAGAAUGUGAAAAAAAAAUGCAUGUUGACUUACCUGUAUACAUCAUAUGCAUGCACUAGAGUUAUUAACUAACGAGAGGGCAGGUAUUGCAAAUGUUCAAACAAGCUCUCUUGAAUCUAGGUAGCAUGAACAAAUUAUAAAGAUUUCUUUAAAAAAAAAAAGCAAACUUGCAUGCAUUUUAUCGUGACUUCCAGUUCAAACCUGUGCUACAUGUGUACAAUAUGCAGAUUAGUUUUAGAGUAGAGAGUGCAGCCAUUUUGUGACCUGGUCAGUAGUGGAAUUCGAUUUUAUGCAGACUGGAUGUAAUAUGUGUAAUCCCUGUGCAAUGUCGUGAUGUGCGGUUCUAAUUCAUGUGCAGUGAUAGAGUCUAGAUAAAAGAUGGAGUCAAAGGAAAAAAAAAAGACAAGGAUUUGAAAUCAAGUCGAUUUUAGCCCCUUUGCUAGUUCCUGGUGAAGACAUCCUUUCCAGAACCAAAGAUGGCCAGUACACUGCUAACCAGUCAUCGCAUGUCCACCUAGAAACCCAGACCUGAAAAGGGAACUCUAGAGACGAGUGCAAAGCUUGAGUAAACCCAAGGAAAGUCAAAAUGGAGAUGGGGAGAUGGGGAAAAUAGACAGAUGGCUAGUUGCAUGAAAUUCAAUUCUACCUUUUAAGACAGUGGUGAAAUCUGGCUUCUACUUGCUUACGUGUUUGACCUGUGUACUUUGGGGUCUUCUGUCUAAACUGAGGUCACUGUUGCAUG